AUGGUGCUGGAGUUUGGUCAACUUUGGUCCACUCAAGCGUUACUGUUUGAAAUGGGGAGUCGCGCCUGUCUGUUUCUGGCUAUCCCACUUUCCCCAUCGUCUGGCUAUCCCACUUUCCCAGCAACACUCGAGUGGAAGGGGUUCGCCCUCGGCGAUUUCACCGGCAACCUCGCCGUGCCCCCAUCUCUUCCUCGUUCGGCUGGUUUCUGGGGCGACGGUCCCGCCUCAUCUAGUGUUGGGUCGUCGGUGAGGCGGAUUUGGGCAAUUGGGCGUUCCUCUCUUACGCAUGGUGGGUUCGUCAGAGUUUUGGUCAAAUUCUUCAACGGAGCUGUUGGAUUUGGGAGGAGUAUGAUUUGUGCGUUCCUUCGCGCGAUCACAGGGUGGGGAAUGUUGGCUUUUAGGGUUGAUUUGGGAAAUCGGUUCACCGACCGCCACAGUUGGACCAGCUGCUCGGUGCCCGUGCGGCCGUGCGGACGGCCGUCUUUGGCGCGCAGCGCGCUGCUGCAGGCUGGUGUGACGGGCGCCAGGGCGCAGCGCAACAAACACUCCUUCCCCUCCCGCCAGGGUAAGGUGAGGCUCACCAAGUGGUAUUCUCCGUACACCCAGAAGGAGAGGACCAAGGUCAGUUGCCCGCCGUAAAGUCAGAACUCAGAAGGCCAUUUUUUUCGGUCUGCUGUGUUGUUUUCUUUUCUGAAUGAAGAGCAAACAAUGGUUGUGCUUAUAGAACCUUCCCAUUGUUGUUUUCAGCAAUCACCCUUGAGCUCAUUAGUCUAGGUCUGAGAUCAUGUUAACUGACGUGAUGUGGUAGUUUGUGAUUGUAAUAUUCAGAGUGGUAAAGAUGUUAAAAUCUUUAGAUGCAGAUGUAAAAGGGCAUGCAUAUAUGCAGGUAUGUAAAAGGGUUUUUUCUAAACAGUCAGGUGUUUUAUGCAAACUUGGUUUCUUUUUCUUUAUA